UACAGAGGGGGUGGCUUAGAUAUACCGUGGGCAGGUGUUAUCCAGAGGGACGGGCUGCUGAUGCCAUAUGACAGCGGUACCUCCCCUGCCAGCCUAGGCCCAUAGUGGGUGUUGGUCUGGAUCUAGCAGCUGGCAUCAUCUUGCCUGCUCCCUGUAAUCAUACGGCCGGAAUGCACACAGGACCCCGGUGAGGAGCAUCUUUUCUACGUUACUGUGGACCUCUGGGUUCACCAGUCUCACAGACGAAAUGUCACUGUCAUUUCUUAACUUUAAGAAGAUAUUCAAGCUCGGGGGAGAAAAGAAGAAGAAGCAAUAUGAGCACGUCAAAAGGGAUCAGAACCCAGAGGAGUAUUGGCAGAUCAUUGGAGAACUUGGGGAUGGAGCCUUUGGCAAGGUGUAUAAGGCCCAAAACAAAGAAACGGGUAUUUUAGCAGCAGCAAAAGUUAUUGAUACGAAAUCUGAAGAUGAGCUUGAAGAUUAUAUGGUAGAAAUUGAAAUUUUGGCAUCAUGUGAUCAUCCUCAUAUUGUGAAACUAUUGGAUGCCUUCUACUACGAAAAUAAUCUUUGGAUACUAAUUGAGUUCUGUGCUGGAGGAGCAGUGGAUGCAGUAAUGCUAGAGCUGGAGAGGCCACUAACAGAACCUCAAAUAAGAGUAGUUUGUAAACAGACUUUGGAGGCCUUAAUUUAUCUGCAUGAAAACAAGAUCAUACACAGAGAUCUGAAGGCUGGAAAUAUCCUUCUCACUUUAGAUGGUGAUGUCAAAUUGGCGGAUUUCGGGGUAUCUGCUAAAAAUACAAAAACGAUACAAAGAAGAGACUCCUUUAUCGGUACUCCUUAUUGGAUGGCUCCAGAAGUGGUAAUGUGCGAGACUUCUAAGGACAAACCCUAUGAUUUUAAAGCUGAUGUUUGGUCCCUUGGCGUUACUUUAAUAGAGAUGGCUCAAAUUGAACCCCCUCACCACGAGCUAAACCCUAUGCGAGUAUUGUUAAAGAUUGCAAAAGCCGAUCCCCCCACAUUAUCACACCCAUCAAGAUGGUCACAUGACUUCAAUGAUUUCCUAAAAAAAUGUUUGGAGAAAAAUGUUGAUGCCAGGUGGACUACUGCGCAGCUGCUACAGCACCGCUUUGUUACAACUGUGCACUCCAACAAGCCAGUUCGGGAAUUAAUUGCAGAGGCUAAGGCUGAAGUUUUAGAGGAAGUUGAAGAUUCUAAAGAGGAGGAGGAGGAGGAAGAUAUGGAACACUCUUUGCCUGUUCCGGAUAGUAAGCGUGCCUCAUCAGACCUCAGCAUUGCAAGUUUAGAUGAUGAUAAACUUUCCCAGAAUGCUUCAAGUUUAGAGCCUGUGGCUGAACAGUCUCUUCCUGCUGUGGCUGAAAAUAAAAUCCCUGAUCAAGAACCAACAAAAGCGACUACAACAACCGAAGAUCUUUCAAAAGAGUUGCCCAAAACAGAACCUCUACCUAAAGAAAAUGAAGUACUAAAUGUUGUUACAAAAGCUGUAAAUGAAGAUAAUAAAAAUGAAAAUAAUGUUGUGGAAAAGAAAGAAGAAGUUAUUUUACCUGGUUUGAACCUGAAGGAAGAGAGCCAAGGAAAAUCAACAAAUGAAGAAAUUCCAUUGGUCCCAGAAAAUGAUGUCAAGAGCGAAUCUGUCACUCAUGACGCAGAAGUUAAUGAUAAGGUUCCAUUGCAGGAUAGAGGUGAAAUACUGAAUGAAGGGAAAGUGGAAAGUCAGGAAGUUGUUGCAGAAAUUACAGAAGCCAAAUCAGAAUUGGAAUCUUCAGACUCACAGAAGAGUGAACCAGACCAGCAUAUCGUUGAAAAUAACAUGAGUGAAGGAACCAUUACUGAACAUCCUGAUACAACAACUACAACACGCACAGGUGAUCCCGAUACCAUGACUACAACACACACAGGUGAUCCCAAUACCACAACUACAGCACACACAGGUGAUCCCGAUACCACGACUACAGCACACACAGGUGAUCCCGAUACCACGACUACAAUACACACAGGUGAUCCUGAUACCACAACUACAGCACACACAGGUGAUCCUGAUACCACAACUACAGCACACACAGGUGAUCCCGAUACCAUGACUACAACACUCACAGGUGAUCCUGAUACCACGACUACAACACACACAGGUGAUCCUGAUACCACGACUACAACACACACAGGUGAUCCUGAUACCACAACUACAACACACACAGGGGUGAUAAAGGAGCAACCAGAGGAUGCUCAAGGUGUUGUUGAAAAGGUUGGGGAUGUUGUUAAUGAAGACACCAGCACAAAACCAGAGACAUCUAAAUUAUCUGAGAACAUUUUACAUCCAGAGACGAGUGAAGAUACAUCUGUUAUAAACAUUGUUCCAGUAACUGAUGGCGCUCAAAUAUCAAAAAGUUCAGAUCAAAAGAAUGUUAUUGUCUCUACAGAGGAAAGUAUUGCUGUAACGAAACCUGAUGAAAAAGAACUUAAACAAGUUGAAGAUAUAGUGCAAAUUCCUCCUGUUAAAGAUGAUCAGAUUAAAGAUUCCUCUGUUGCUUCUGAGUCAAAAGGGAAGGCCGUUGAAGUUACAGUACAGGAAAAUGAUAUCAAUUCUAUUGAUAGCACUAUAGCCACCACUGAAAAUGAGAACGAACUUCUUCCAGGUGUACCGAAUAUCAGUGUAAUCUCUGCUGAAUCUGAAGGAAAAGAUUAUAGAGGAUUGUCCUUUAAACCUGAAAUAGUGAAGAUAGUGGAGCCUGAAACUCCAAAAGAAACUGACUCUGAUUCCGGUACAGGUUCUACAGCAGACAGUGGAAGCAUUGAUCUCAACUUGUCCAUAUCUAGCUUCAUGACGAAAAACAAAGAAUCAGGCUCAAUAUCUAUACAGGAAAACAAACGCCAAAAGAAAACUUUAAAGAAGACUCGAAAGUUCAUGGUUGAUGGAGUUGAAGUGAGUGUUACAACUUCAAAAAUCGUAACUGAUAACGACCAUAAGAGUGAAGAAUUGCGAUUCCUUAGGAGGCAAGAACUGCGUGAAUUAAGACUUCUACAAAAAGAAGAACAGAGAGCCCAGCAGAUUCUUAGCAACAAACUGAUGCAGCAAAAAGAUCAGAUCUUCAGGAGAUUUGAACAGGAAAUGAUGGCUAAGAAACGUCACUAUGAUCAAGAUAUUGAAAACCUAGAGAAGCAACAAAAACAGACUAUUGAACGGUUAGAACAGGAGCAUACAACUCGCUUAAGAGAUGAAGCAAAGCGUAUAAAAGGGGAACAGGAAAGAGAGCUAUCCAAAUUCCAAAAUGUUUUAAAAAAUCGAAAAAAAGAGGUAAUAAGUGACGUGGAGAAAGCGCCAAAAGAGCUGCGAAAAGAGCUCAUGAAACGCAGGAAAGAGGAGCUUGCACAAAGCCAGCAUGCUCAGGAGCAAGAAUUUGUUCAAAAACAACAACAAGAGCUGGACGGAUCCUUGAAGAAAAUUAUCCAUCAACAAAAAACAGAGCUGGCCACCAUUGAGCGAGAAUGCUUGAAUCACAAACAGCAACUCAUGCGAGCGAAAGAAGCUGCAAUCUGGGAAGUAGAAGAGCGGCAUCUUCAAGAAAAGCACCAGCUUCUAAAGCAACAACUAAAAGAUCAGUACUUUAUGCAACGGCACCAGCUUCUAAAAAGACAUGAAAAGGAAAUGGAACAAAUGCAUAGGUACAAUCAAAGACUCAUAGAAGAAUUGAAGAACAAACAAACCCAAGAACGGGCUCGACUUCCGAAAUUUCAGCGCAGUGAUGCAAAAACUCGUAUGGCGAUGUUUAAGAAAAGUUUAAGAAUUAAUUCCUCAGGUUCACCAGAACAGGACAGAGAAAAGAUUAAACAGUUUGCUAUCCAAGAAGAAAAACGACAGAAAAAUGAAAGAUUAGCUCAGCAUCAAAAGCAUGAGAACCAAAUGCGGGACUUGCAGCUACAAUGUGAUGCCAACGUUAAAGAGCUGCAACAGCUACAGAAUGAAAAAUGCCACCUGUUAAUAGAGCACGAAACUCAGAAACUUAAAGAGCUAGAUGAAGAGCAUAGUCAGGAGCUGAAGGAGUGGAGAGAUAAAUUACGACCACGAAAAAAGGCACUUGAAGAGGAAUUUGCUCGUAAACUUCAGGAACAAGAAAUGUUUUUUAAAAUGAGUGGUGAUUCCGAAUGCCUUAACCCAUCAACACAAAGCCGGAUUUCUAAAUUCUAUCCUAUUCCAAGCAUGCAUUCAACAGGGUCAUAACUUAAACUUCAUUUUUUUUUUUUUUAGCUUUUUCAAGAUUGUUUUUAUAUUUUAUUUUAAAGGUAUGCCACUUUUCAAACAUUAGAAAAGCUUGGGUAGUUUUAUAUUCUUAGUCAAUUUUCAGACUUUUUGUAAUGGUUUAAAUGGAUACAGUUUUGUUAUUUAUACUGUUAGACCAUAAUCUCCUAAAACAAUAUAAACAAAAUUUAUGAAAACCACUAUUUUUGUUUGUCAUCUGAGGGUUUUGGAUGCAUUUAUGGUAUGAAUACUUAAUCAAUUACAUUUUAGUUGGCAUACAGCGAUUAUAAAUUCUGAAGACACCUCAGCUAGCUUUUUGUUUGUUUAUUUUUAUUUGUGUUAAUAUAUGUUUAUAUCAUUGUACUUCUGACCAAUCAAUGUGCAAAUUUUCUUUGCUGAAGUACACACCCACAUUUAUUUCCUUAUAUAGAAAGUGUUGCCAAAACCAUUAUAAUGCGGAUGUGAACUGAUAUAAAUUAGCCCAUACCAAUGUAAUUAAAGUGCUUAAUAGUUAUGUGGAGAACUGUUUUAAUAUUUGAAGGGACAUGAACCCCAAUUUUUUUCUUUCAUGAUUUAGAAAGAGCAUACAAUUUUAAACAGCUUUCUAAUUUGCUUCAUUCUCUUGAUGAAUCGGCACAGCAGCAGCAGCUGAUUGGUGGCUGUACAUAGAUGCCCCUUAUGUGAUUGGCUCACUCAUGUGCAGUGCUAUUUCUUCAACAAAGGAUAUCUGAAGAAUGAAGCUAAUGUAAUAAUAGAAGUAAACUGGAAUGUUGUUUAAAAUUAUAUUCUGAAUCAUGGAAUAAAAUUUUGGGGUUUCAUGUCGCUUUAAACGCAUUAUGUAAGCACUUAAAAUCAUGCAAUAUAGAUGCAUUCAUUAUUUGUGAUGAAUAGAUAAGUUGCAUAUAUAAGGAAUAUAGGGAUUGGGUUAAAAAUAUUUUGUAAAAAAAUUACAAUAAUUUUUUAAUGGUUUGAGUAAAAUAUUGAGGUUUUAAAUUGAAUUUGUUUUGCUAUAGCAAUUUACUAACUUGUUCAUAGUCCAGCAGACUGAUUAUAAAACAACUUCCAAAGGGAGUAUUUGAUUGGAUUUAAAUUGCUUCUAUGAAAGCAACUUUAUUAUUGGAAAUUAUGUUAAAAAUGUUAUUAGCAGUAUAAAAAUUUUGAUUUCUUUGUUACACAAAUUGGUCGAAGUAAGUAGGCAUCUGCAGUUGUUCAUUUGUUUAUGAAAUAAAUGCUGAAUAUAACUAUGGGCAGCGGCAUUCAGCUCUGUUCUGUGCCGGAUUUAUUUGUGUAAAAGUGCAACUCACAAAGAUCUUUCACGGAAAUAAAUCCGGUGCCAAAAAUAACAAUAUCGCAUUCGUUUCACAAACAAACGAACAAGUGUACCUGCCUAGUAGUAAAUGACCUAACAAUAAAUAUGUAGAUUAGGUACAAAACUGUGGAACCCUCAAGGGUUUCUAUAAUUUGCCUACACAUCCCUGCUACAAUCAACUUGGAAGCAGUAUUUAAAUUAAUUUUUAUGUGUUAAAUAAUUUAAAAUUAUACACUCCAUUUAAACUGCUUUUAUAUGGAACUAAAUGGUGCUGAACUUAAAUCAUUUAGUGCCUGAAAUUGGGACGAUGGGGUGGGAGGGGGGGGUAUUGCUGUGUAGCCUGCUGCUAGCACCAACAUAAAUAACAAAAAAAUAAAUAAAUAAAUAAUAAAACGGUUUGCACUAAAUUGUGUUGAAAUCUGCAAGCACACUAGAAUAGGACCAUAUUCUAAGCAUGAUUUAAAAUAAAACUACAAGAGUGCAUUUUACGUUUAAACUUUUUAAAAUGCCGGGAACUGGUGUAGAACUGCUAGAUGGUUUCAACUUCUUUCCUAAAAUAGUUUAAAGUGAAGAGUUUUUUUUUUUGUUUGUUUGUUUGUUUGUUUUUUGGCAAGUUGAUUUUUCUUUUAAGUUACUAGGAUUACAGUAUCCGCAAUGCUGUGCAUGUUUUAUUUACUGAUAUCUUUAUUUGAAAAAUAUAGUAUGUUAUGGAUUGUAUUUUAUCUGAAUUGAUAGCUUUUUAUUGUAGAAAUGUUAUCUAGUUAAAGUGAAGUUCAUGUCCUUAUUUAAGGGCUAAAUUAUAUUAAAACAGUAUUAUCAGAUAUGUUCUGUUCCAGUGUCUAAAGGUAUUUAACAAUGUCUAUCAUUGUUUUGACAAAUAUAUUGCUCUGUAUGUCUGCAGUCAUAUAAUUAAACCAAUAGCAUCUCCGUUUUCAUGAAUACCGAUUUUAUGUAAAUUUGUGGAUCUAUUUCACCUAGUAACAAAAACUCCUAAGAACCAUAAAAUAUUACUUUUCACUUCAGUGGCAUCCACAAAACUGAAAUACUGAUUCAAAGUGUAAAUAAAGGCCUUUUUGAUAUAUUUUAUUUUUAAUACUAGAUAAAAAAAAAUAAUCAACACCUUUAUACUACUGUUGGGAGCUUUUGGUCAUACGUUACUGCAGGGAAAAUUAUCUCAGAAGUUUGUCUAGGUUUGAAGCCAUACAACACAAUUUUUGUGUUUUUACUUUGGUUUCUGUAAAUAUACCAUGAGAACAUGAUGGAAAAUAAGCAUUCCAUCUUUUACUAUCUGAGGUGGUUUGCACUGCACUACACAGUCAUUGUAGACCACAUAAGGGUUACAUUUUUGGGUAGAGUUCCAGCUUUUUUUUUUUUUUUUUUUUUAGGUCUAUCAGAAAAUCAAGUGAAAUGACUGUUUAAAAGUUUAGAUACUUUAAGGGGGAAGUUUAGAGAUGUAAUUUAUCCUUAUCUCAUUUAUUUUAUAAAUCUGGCCUUUAUGGCUUUUUCCAUUGAGGUGUGUGAGGGAGUCAUUUUUUAAUUUUUUUAUUAUUAUUUUAAAUAAACAUAUCAUUACGGUUGAGAGGGAAAAAUGGCUAAUUACACCCUUUUUUAAAUAUUUUUUUUGUCUUGUUAAACUCCCAUUCCUAAAAAAAAAAUGAAGGUGACAGUACUUGCUACCAAAUAUUGUAUAGAUCUAUGGAAAUAGACUGAAUGUAUUUUGUUAAACCACUAAUUGAAACGAUUAGUGUCUGAAUUACUGUGUUUGUGGCCAGUAAUCGAUCCUGAAAACAAUAGAACAUGUUCAAGGUUUGUCACCAGAUUUGUAAAAGAAUGCUUCAUGACAUCCUGUAAAGGUCUUUAUUCUCUUGUAAAUAAAUAAUACUGUAAAUACCA